GCCUGACGUCCGCUUCGUCAAGUUAGACCUAUCGUUUGGGUCCCACAACUCAGUGACUGCGAAGCCACUGACGUGCGGGCUCCACACGUCAGAGCCCCUUCAAAGCCCGGGUUCUAUUCUAUUCCCCCCCGCAACCCUGCGGCGGCGGCGCCGCUCACCCCCCCGCCGGAACCUGAGCUCCCAGGAGAGGCGAUGGAUGGUUUCUCUUCCAAGGAUGCGGACAAGCUGAGCUCGCUUCUUCCGCGAGAGGAAAGCCUCGUCGAGAAGAAGCGGCGAUGGCUGGCCUCAUCGGGUUCUGAAUUAGAUGUUCCCCGUAGAUCCAAGCAACCAAAGUUUCUCAAAGCUGUAUUCAAUGUCCUGCAGCUACUUGGCUGAAUCGGAUGCCCAGGGCUGUUGAAGUGUCUAGCGAGGGAGUAAGAUUCUACGUCGAAAGAAGUUUCGGUCUGCAGAGCAAUUGCUACAAGCACCACGUAGUUAAGGACGGCCGUGAUCUUUUUAAGUUACAGAAACAGAAAGAUGGCUCUCUCUGUCCAGAAAGCUUUAAGAUCUUGCACUGCACAAUCCAAAAAUUAAGCAACGAAGCGCUUGAUUUAGUGGCUAAGAUUGUGACACAUGAUGGCACUAAUUGCAGGAAAUUCAGGCCAGUCUUGCUAAAGAUUGUGAAGGACCACCUCCCGAAAUACUUGGCCAAGUUGGAUGGCGAAAAUAGCAAGGUUCCGUUGUCUCAAAUUUUAACAAAUCCAUGCAUCUGUCAGUCCAGUUCCAUCAGCAUUGCAACACCUAUUUCACCAAUGCUUCUGUCAUCUAUGAACCAAGCUUUAAUUAGGCUGGAUGAGAUUUCCCACCAAGCUGUUGUUGCAAUGAAUAGAAAGCUCAGGGAACGAUUGUGUGUUCCAAAGUUCUCGAUGACAGAUCAUGGAGCUUCCCAUAAUGGCUAUCGAACUAACACAAAAGGUCGUAUUGUUGACUUGGUGUGGAGAAGGUGUCUAAGCAUGACACAAAAGCUGCAUGAAGGCAAGGAUCUGCCAAAUAGAGUCGCAAAAGCAUUGUCAGUAAUGAACUUAGAUCGGAAACUAACACUAAGGAGUAUGGAUAUUUCACAGACUGGGUUCUUUCCCUUCGCAUGUGAAACUGUGCUGUUGCAGAAUAAUAUCCUGAAUGCUCUGUGGUCACUUCCAGAAAUCCAUACUGAUAAUCUGAAGUUGCUGCGUCCCAUUCUGAGUCAAAGCUCCAAGGUUAAGAUGACAUCAUUCCGAGGAGCUGUGAGGAGGUACUUGAAAGACUGUUUGUUUGAAUGUGAUGAUUGUAGUUUACCGAUUGAGGCGGAACGACCCAUUUCUUUCAUAGAUCAAAUGUCUCCUAAACAUCAGCAGGCUAUUCUCGCAGAAGAGAGAAAGGAAGUGGAAGUAGAUGCUGUCCUGGAUUUAAGCAGUUGCCUCAGAUCUUUGGCACGUGGUGCCACAGAAGAACGCCUGAGUGAUGAUGAAGUCAGCUUAGAGGUUGGCGGUUGCAGCAAAGAUAAUGAUUUUGUACUCGCCGAUAGCAACUACUUCGAUAUCCGUUCUCAGUAGCAUAUGGAUGAGGUCUGCUCAAAUUUUGUCAUCAACACUGCUGGUGCUGGACAUUAUGGAGGCAGUGAAGUUGCCUGUAGUACCAAGGAUCCUAGAUCGAAAAAGGACGAUGUGAAGAAGGCUGGAUGUGCUGAAGAUCAUCUAUAUGCAGCAUGCGAUGACACUGCAAUUGUGGCAGACAAACUUAUUGGGCAAAUUCUGAAUUACAUGCUGAUUGAGGAUAAGGCGGUUGAUGAACUUACUAGAAGUUAUCUUGGAGGAGGUUCUAUUUCUCAAAAUCCUCAAGGUGCAUUGUGAACCAUCGGUAAAGGUUUUCUAUGUUUUUGGGUUUCCAGUGUACAAUGCCAUUGUAUGAUAACAAAAUGUUUCUUUGCCAUAGUUGUUGUAGCGAAGAACCAAAAAGGCAUUGUGUUGCAUUCUAUCCAGAGUGUCUUACCUAAUCUGGCAGAAAGGUUUUCCAGUUUGCUCCAUUGUUUCCCUUCCUCCAUUUUGCACAUGAAUGGUCUAAUACUAUGUUGCCGUGUGGGGUGUAGCUCCUUGGAGAAGAUUAGGAGGACAAUGGAUGGUGCUGACAAGUGAGGAGAUCUGCUAGGUGCUAGCAUUGUCUUGAGGUGAUGGGAACGACUGCUGCAGUUCUCUCUGAGUUUGCCGCAUCGCAUCAAAAUGUCGUCGGCGCUGUUUAUAUGUUAUCUGAAAUAACAUGUUGAUUGUGUGCCUUGGUCUAGACAAGUUUCUGAUGAAACUUGAAUACCUGAGUCCAGAAAUUCUAACUUCCCCUACUAGUAAUAUUUCAAUUUCGCGGUACCUUGUGUUGCUGAUCUAUUUAUACAACCAGCUUAGUCGUCAUCA